CCUCCUCUAAUGUAUAACUUAGUCUUGGGAAGCUGGGAAAAGGCAGGCAGGAGCUGCCCAGCUGUAUGUGCCACACUCACUACAGGACCAGGAAUUAAGAGGACUUCCAACCUACAAAAUGCCAGAUCAGAUCACCGGGACCUUGGUUUUCACUGUCUUCACUGCUGUGCUGGGUUCUUUCCAGUUUGGAUAUGACAUCGGUGUGAUCAAUGCACCUCAACAGGUAAUAAUAUCCCACUAUAGCCAGGUUUUGGGUAUUCCGCUAGAUGACCGAAAAGCUGUCAACAACCAUCCUAUGGAAAGUACACCGGAACUGCCCACAACUCCAUCCCCAGGGAAUCCAACACCAACCCCUUGGGCUGAGGAAGAGUCUGUGGCAUCUUCUGGCAUCAUCACCAUGUUCUGGUCCUUGUCUGUGUCCAGCUUUGCUGUUGGUGGAAUGAUCGCGUCAUUCUUUGGUGGGUGGCUUGGGGACAAGCUUGGAAGAAUCAAAGCCCUGUUGGUAGCAAACAUUCUCUCAUUAGCUGGAGCUCUCUUGAUGGGGUUUUCGAAACUAGGACCAUCUCACAUUCUUAUAAUUUCAGGAAGAGGCGUAUCAGGACUCUACUGUGGGCUAAUUUCAGGCUUGGUUCCAAUGUACAUUGGUGAAAUUGCAACUACAUUCAGGGGUGCUAUUGGCGCUCUUCACCAGUUGGCCAUUGUCACAGGCAUUCUUAUUAGUCAGAUUAUUGGCCUUGACUUUCUCCUGGGCAAUCACGAGCUGUGGCACAUCCUGCUUUCUCUGUCUGCCGUGCCAGCUGUCCUCCAGUCUCUGCUGCUCCUCUUCUGUCCAGAAAGUCCCAGAUACCUCUACAUCAAGUUAGAUGAGGAAGACAAAGCCAAGAAAAGUAAGCUUGAAAGACUCAGAGGAGGUGCUGAUGUCACCAAAGACAUUGCUGAGAUGAGAAAAGAGAGGGAAGAAGCAUCAAGUGAACAGAAAGUCUCCAUAAUUCAGCUCUUCACCAAUUCCAGCUACCGACAGCCUAUUCUAGUGGCACUGAUGCUGCACAUGGCUCAGCAGUUUUCUGGAAUCAAUGCGAUCUUUUACUACUCAACUGGUAUUUUUCGGACAGCUGGGCUCAGCCAACCAGUUUACGCAACCAUUGGAGUUGGUGCCAUCAAUACAGUUUUCACUGCUCUCUCUGUGUUCCUCGUGGAGAAGGCAGGACGACGCUCUCUGUUUCUGAUUGGAAUGAGCGGGAUGUUUGUCUGUGCCAUCUUUAUGUCCGUGGGCCUCGUGCUGCUGGAUAAAUUAACUUGGAUGAGUUACGUAAGCAUGACCGCCAUCUUCCUCUUUGUCAGUUUCUUUGAAAUUGGCCCAGGCCCUAUCCCCUGGUUCAUGGUGGCUGAAUUUUUCAGUCAAGGACCACGCCCCGCUGCUUUAGCAAUAGCUGCAUUCAGCAACUGGACCUGCAAUUUCAUUGUAGCUCUGUGUUUCCCAUACAUUGCGGACUUCUGUGGACCUUACGUGUUUUUCCUCUUUGCUGGAGUGGUCUUGGCCUUUACUCUGUUUACAUUUUUCAAAGUUCCAGAAACCAAAGGAAAAUCCUUUGAAGAAAUCGCAGCAGAAUUCCGAAAGAACAGAGGCUCAGGCCAAGCACCAAAAGCUGCCAUAGAAAUGAAAUUCCUUGGAGCUACAGAAACUGUGUAAAGAUAACCUGCUUUUUGACAUAAACAGAAAAAGGAAGGAACUCAUGUGUUUUUAAAUGACAAUUCUUUGAGAAUUUUAUAUCUACAUCUUGAAGUAUUGUUUUAUUUUUUAAAGAGCUUUAAGGGCUCUGAUUAGAAAUAUCAUCAAAUAUUACCAAAGAAAGUAUUUUUUUUUUUUAGUUACAGAAUCUAUUUUUUAUGGUAAAACUGUAAUUAAGGUAAACCAAAAGUCUAGCUCAUUUUGCUACACUAUAUGGCAAGGACAUUCUAAUAUUCCUAGUUCUAUUCUUUAUAAUAAGGUUCUUCUGAAAUCAAACCGGUUUCAAUGUAUCAUAUUCUUGCUUCAUUAAGCAUAUAGUUAGAAACCUGACGAUACAACUAGUAGUUACAUAUUUGGAUAUGAUUAAGAUGGAAUUUUCUUACCUGCUGAACUCAUACUAAAGGAGACAGGGCUAGUGACAGCAAAGUUCAUGUUAAAAUUGAUAACUUUCCCAUUUUCUCCCACUCAAUUUUUUCUUGAGCAUUAGAAUUUGCAUUUUGCUUAAAAUUUUAUUUUAUCUGUAGUUUCAUGUGGAGUGGCUUAUUGAGUAUAUUAAAAUAUAUUUCUAAAGAAAAACUUUAUUUUUAGUAGGCUUACCAAAAUCUUUCAGUAUUCAGGGAAAAAAAAAUUAGUUCCUUUGGUGACAAAAUGAUUUUGUAAGAUUAUGGACGAAAAAGGUUUUACCUGGUCAUAUAGCAUGGGUUAUUAGUUAAUAUUAACAUCUAUUAUAAACCCACGUUAAUUCCUUCUUGGUUCAGUCCUGUGGGCUAGGUUUUGUUUCACUUUUUAAUUGAGCACAACCUGUUUUUCUCAGCUGUGUUAUAAAAUAUACUCAGUGAUAAGUGGGGCAUAUUGUCUCCUCAAACCCCAAAAAGCUAGAACAGUCUAACUUAGGAAAUUUGAAGUGAAAGAUUGCUCUGUUUGGUAAAAAAAAAACAACAAACAUUUUCUGAAUUACUAUAUUUCAAAACAGAUUGAAACGGUAGGGUUGGAGAAUGCCCAACAGUGGGCCCCCGAAAAUUCAUAAAUGCUCAAUUUCACACUUGAUCAAAAUCCCCAUUUAAUUUUCCCGGAAACAUUGAGUUCUCUAACACAAAACAAUCAUCCCCUUUGAUGUUUCCCUCUUUGUCUUAGCAGUGUACUGAUGCUAUCUAAGCUGUUCUAUUGCUAUUGCUAACGUUUAUUGUGUACCACCUAUGUUCCAGGAACUGUGCUAAGUGCUUUUACCUAUGUAGGCAAAUUGGAAAUACACAGAUGAUUAAACAGAUUUUCUCUUACAGUCAAUUUUGCAACUAUGGAACAGUUCUGAUGGAUACCAAAGGCUUAGCAGGGAGCUAAAGUAUCUCCAGGCUGUUUUCAUCACAAGUGGAACGCUGAAUCAAUCCUUUUUAUGUUUGCUUUAAUGUGCAUAAAAACAGUCAACACUUGCUUUUUUUUCUUCUUUGCCAAAGUUGUUUAUCUUUCUGUAAUUUGGCAGUUCCAACAACAUGAAAUUAUUUCUUUUCACUUUGACUGAUUUUUAUUUCCUUUGGGCCAAUAUGGGAUAAACUAUUUUCACUGAGGACUUCCGGACAUAGUCAAAAUGAGCUUAGAUAGUUCAGGAGAAUUUUGUGCUAAAUUGUGAACUAUGAAAAAAAAAAUAUUAGGGAUUCUGAAUAGGACAAGAGCAGGAAAAUUGCUCUUGUAUGGCUCUUGUCUUCUUUGGGAUGCUAAUGACCUUUGGUAAGCCCGAAAUUGCAAUGAUUAAAAAAUGUAAAGUUUUUAUAAGCGAUGAAUGUGAUUUAAUCAAAUCACUACUCCUGAUCUCAUUUACUAAAAGAAUAAAGAAGUCAAGGUUUAACAAAAAGCCCAAAAGACCACUUUUAAGUUCUAAUUAAUUUUUUUGACUGACCCACAAGUUCCAGAAAUUCAGACCAUGAAGUUUUCCACCUCAGAGAAAUUUAAGUACCUUACAUUGUUUUCCUUCCAAAAUUUUUUUCUUACAGAGAUACAAGUGAAAAGAAACAUGAAAGUGAAAUAAGAAGCUGUUAACACUUCAUGCUAAGACAAAGGAACUAGCUAAACAAUAAAAACUCCUAGGUCUUCAAUGGUAUCCAUCAUAAUAAAUAAUGAAAUUAACAGUAAGUAAUUAGAUUUAGUUCCAGGAAAGUCAGAUGUGACUUUGAACACUUAUUUUUUUGUAGUACUCUUAUCAUUUUUGUGAAAGUGUUUUCACACUCUAACAUUCUUACAAAUGUGAUUUUUCUAUUGGUAUGUUCGCAACAUGAUUACACUUCUUGGUCUGGCCACUCAUCUGCUACAUCUAACUAUUGCCCACUGUCAUGACAUCAGCGCAAGGGUCUUCUCUAACUUUCUCUUCCCCUCUUGCGUCUACACAAUCAGCACUGUAAUGUAUGCUCAGACACAAAUGACCCCUCUUCAAGGAGUUCUCAGUCUAAGAAGUUCAGGAAGACCAGGGUAGAAAUAUUCACAUCUGUGUCUUCUGCCUUCCAUAAACCUUGAUUUAGAGACUUCUGUUGUAAAAUGGGCUCAAAAACAUUACCUACCUCAGAGAGUUAUUGUGAGGAUGAAAUGUCGAGUGCUAAGCAGAGUGCCUGGUACACAGGGGGUACUCAAUGAAUAUUACCUAGAAUUAGUAUUCACAAAGAUAUUAUUAGGAUACAGGAUUGUCACGUAUAAGAUAGUUCCAAUUUUUUCUUCUGAGUAAAAGGAGUUUCAUAAUUCAAGGUAAUAUUCUUUUCAAGCAACAACCUCACAAAGAUAAGGGAAUGGUAAGAAUCAGGGGAGAUUUGAGGUUAUCUAAAACCUAAACUCGUAUUUGAUAUUUCUAAGUAGUUUAUAAGAGUUUUUAUUGCAUUUUUGAAAUUUGCUUUUGCCUAAGUUAUGUUAUUUUUAAGAGGUUUAUAUGUGAUAUUAUUUCUUUGAAUAAUAUUACUGUGUUUCCC